GAGCACGCCACUUAGCUAGGCUGCCAGAGCAAUCAAGGGCAAAGCAUAAUGAUGGACCUAUUUGAAACAAAUUCCUAUUUUUUUUACCUGGAUGGAGAUAAUGGAGCCUUUCAACAACUGGGAGUAGCAGAUGGAUCCCCUGUCUACCCAGGUAGUGAGGGGACAUUGUCCCCAUGUCGUGAUCAGCUGCCAGCAGAUGCUGGAAGUGACAGUAGUGAAGAGGAACAUGUCUUAGCUCCACCAGGACUACAACCCCACUGUCCUGGACAAUGUCUAAUCUGGGCCUGCAAGACCUGCAAAAGAAAGUCUGCCCCAACUGACAGAAGAAAAGCAGCCACCCUAAGGGAAAGGAGAAGGCUAAAGAAGAUCAAUGAAGCUUUUGAGGCUCUCAAAAGAAGGACUGUGGCAAACCCAAACCAAAGACUUCCCAAAGUUGAAAUACUACGCAGUGCCAUUAAUUAUAUCGAAAGGCUCCAGGAUCUGUUGCACAGUUUGGAUCAGCAGGACAAGCCACAGAAAGCAGAUGAGGAACCCUUCUCCUAUAACCCCAAAGAGGCUUCUAUUCAGAGUGAGGAUUUCUUAAGUACCUGUCAUCCUGAGUGGCACCAUAUUCCCGACCAUUCCAGAAUGCCCGAUCUCAAUAUUAAAGAAGAAAGAUCCCUACAGGAGAAUUCCUCCUCCAGCAGCCUGCAGUGCCUCUCCUCUAUAGUGGACAGCAUAUCUUCUGAUGAACCCAAGCACCCUUGCACUAUACAGGAGCUGGUAGAGAAUUAAUAUGACCCUUCUCUAAUGCUUCAUGGCUCUACCAGCUCAGCUUUCCAAAUUUCCUAAUCGCACAGGCAGGUACAGGAUCAACUGCUCUACUAUUCCCCAUUUAUAUAACAUGCCAUCAUUAAAUUGAUUCUUGUUGCACUGACGUGACAUUAUAUAUUUCACAGACCACAUUUGCUUUUUCCUCACCAUAAUAUUUCCUCUGUCUUUAUGUAAAAUGCCAAUAUAUCCUCUACAUUCAAAAUAAAUUCAUUCCUGAUUGUGCAAGGUGCAGAGAUUCUAAUUUAUAUUUGUAAUUAUGGACAGUGUUCUAAAUGCCCAUGUUCCUUGUAAAUAGUCAUAAACUGCUGUUCAACAAGAACUCAUAUUAUUUAAACUAUCGUUUGAAUGGUGUAUUUAUAAUUAUUAUAAUAUAUAUCUUAUUAAAUAAACUUCUUUGUUGCUAAGAAA